AUGAACGAGUCGAUAGACCAUUACGACUCGGAUAACUCGCCGUACUCGAUUCGCCCAUUGCCUCCCGUCCUUCGUCAUGGCCUCGCCGCCGUGGCGGCGAUGGGGUUCUUCUCCUUCUUUACCAGUCUGGGCUUAUUAACGUUCUUGACGUACAAGCUGAUAACAUGGCACAACGGGCCACCGAGGGAAGAAAAGAAGGACCCUAUAGCAAAGGUCGAAUCGCCACCGCCGACGGAGGCUGCGUUUAUCAUCCCGAAUGAGUGGUCGGCAUCCCAGCAAGAGUUAUCAGAGAAGCCGACGAAAGAGACAUGGAUACAACGAGCGAUCAACGAGCCGCCAAACCAGUUCUUGGUUCUAAUCUUUAACCUUCUACUGGCCGAUAUACAGCAGGCAUUGGCUUUCUUGUUGAACCUUGAGUGGCUUACAAGAAACGCGAUUGAGGUGGGAACGAAGACUUGCUGGACGCAAGGAUGGUUUAUUUCGACAGGCGACCUCGCUUCCUCCGUCUUCAUCACGGCUAUCGCCAUGCACACAUACAUAUCGAUCGUCAGAGCGAAGAUGCUGCCAACAUGGGCAUUUCACACCGCCAUUGUCAUGAUGUGGGGUUUCGUGUACGGCACCGGAAUCCUCGGCGUGAUUGUCACGGAGAACGGCAAGAAUGACGGCGGCUUUGCUGGAUCAACUCGAAGUAUCAGGACAUACGAUUCACCUUACACUAUCUAUGGAUCUUCAUUUCUUUAA